AAUUGAUUUCAUAAAACUUUCUAAUAUAUUAAAAAAAUAUUUUUUCUUUAAUAAUGCAUGAAGAAGUACAAGCAGACUUACUGGAGCCUCUUGGAGAAGAAACUGAAUUGAAAAUUAGACCUUUGGAACGCAUUAAGCUUCACCCAAAAGCUCCUAUUGAACCUUCAGCAUACGGCAAAGGAAAGAAUUUCAGUAGACCGUGGAUUUUACAAGAUGGACGUCAAGUACCUGGUCGAGGCAGUGAAAUGCGUGAUAAUUAUAAAAUUCCUAAAAAAUCAUCACAUACUGAAGGUAUUCGAAAACGCAUGCUGACUGAUUUUUUUUGGGAGCAAAUGCUGGAUGAAGUCAUUGAGGAAUUAGCAACAUCACAACCUGUUGACGAAUACUGUUCUGAAUACGAUGCCAACUUCGUAAAAGACAAUUUCGAACCACGCAAUCUGGAGAUCACUGCAGAUAAAAAUAUGCAUCUUAAAUAUCCUUUAUACGGAACAGGAUCCAGUGCGAUAACUUAUUACAGCGAGAAUAUUAAAAAGACUGGACCUGGAGAAAUAUUAGAAAAAUUCAGGAGAUGCCAAUAUUUUACAAAACCAAUGGAAGAGCGAUUAGAUAUCGGUUGGGUUUUGUAAUAUACUCAAAUUAAAUUGUUCAACUUAUUCAAAUGUACUGAUUAAACUUUUUUG